GAGGCGAUGGCGAAGCACACGGUGUCCUCCGCGCGCUUCCGCCGGGUGGACGUGGACGAGUACGACGAGAACAAGUUCGUGGACGAAGAGGACGGCGGCGACGGCCAGGUCGGGCCUGAUGAGGGCGAGGUGGACUCGUGCCUGAGGCAUUUUUUAACAGGGAACAUGAUGGCUGCUUUGCAGGCAGCUUUGAAAAAUCCUCCAAUCAACACCAAGAGUCAGGCAGUAAAGGAUCGUGCAGAAAGCAUUGUUCUGAAGGUUCUCAUCUCUUUCAAAGCCAAUGACAUUGAAAAGGCUGUACAGUCUUUGGACAAGAAUGGGGUUGAUCUUUUAAUGAAAUAUAUCUACAAGGGCUUUGAGAGCCCAUCUGAUAACAGCAGCGCUGUCUUACUGCAGUGGCAUGAAAAGGCUCUUGCUGCUGGAGGUGUAGGCUCCAUUGUCCGUGUCUUAACUGCAAGGAAAACGGUUUAA